CGGCGCGCGGCGCAGUGGGACCCUCCCGCGGAGGCGGCAAAGGUUCUGUUUGGUUCGGUUCUGUUCGGUGCGGCCCGGGCCCUGCUCCUCUCCCACCCGGUACCAUUGCGGGUGAGGUGAUAUAACGAGACCGUGCAGCCAAAGUUUCGACUGGCUUGGACUUGGGUAUCAGCAGAAUGGUUUUUUGUGUUCCAUCAUUGGGAUUUCCUUGUUGCUGGUGAUGGGUGAACCUGAAAAAAACCAGCUAGACUUGCACAUCACACGCUCCUCUUAAAUGCACUGUCCUGAAGACAAAAGGUUCUGGCUGCUCAGGAGUUCUGAUUAGGAGUUCAGGUUGGCUGGAGAAUGGAAGGUGUUGAGUUUAAGGAGGAAUGGCAAGAUGAAGAUUUUCCAAGGCCCCUGCCAGAGGAUGAUCCUGUUGAGUCAGAUAUAUUGGCUGCAUCUGGAGCAGAUAGUGAAGCUGAGGUUAAUGAAACCAAAGCAAGGAAGAAACUAAUGGCUCCAGAUAUUAGCUUAACUUUGGAUCACAGUGAGGAAUCUGUUUUGUCUGAUGACUUGGAUGAGAGUGGAGAGAUAGACUUGGAUGAUUUAGACACUCCAUCAGAAAACAGCAAUGAGUUUGAAUGGGAAGAUGAUCUUCCAAAACCAAAAACUACUGAUGUAAUUAGGAAAGGAUCACUUCCUGAAUACACUGAGGCAGAGGAGAAAGACGAUGGUCGACGCUGGCGAAUGUUUAGGAUCGGAGAACAGGACCAUAGGGUGGACAUGAAGGCAAUUGAACCAUAUAAAAAAGUUAUCAGUCAUGGUGGUUAUUAUGGUGAUGGGUUAAAUGCCAUUGUUGUGUUUGCUGUUUGCUUUAUGCCUGAAAGCAGCCAACCUAACUACAGAUACCUAAUGGACAAUCUAUUUAAGUAUGUAAUUGGCACUUUAGAGCUGUUAGUAGCAGAGAACUAUAUGAUAGUUUACCUGAAUGGGGCAACGACACGAAGAAAAAUGCCAAGUUUAGGCUGGCUUAGGAAAUGUUACCAGCAAAUUGAUAGAAGGUUGAGGAAAAAUCUGAAAUCAUUAAUCAUAGUUCAUCCUUCUUGGUUCAUCAGGACACUUCUGGCCAUCACAAAACCUUUUAUCAGCUCAAAAUUCAGCCAAAAAAUUAGGUAUGUCUUUACCCUGGCAGAACUAGCUGAACUCAUCCCCAUGGAAUACGUUGGCAUCCCCGAAUGCAUAAAACAGUAUGAAGAAGAAAAGUUUAGAAAGAAACAGAAAAGAGUUGACCAAGAGAUGAAUGGAAAACAAGAACAGAAAAGUGAACAUCUAUUUUCCAGAAUACAGAACUGCAAGUUCUGUGAAUUUGGUCUGUUGGCCAAAAGAUUUAAGUCUAAUCCACCAUAGAAGCUGAACUGCUUAAAUGGCUGUUUUGAAAAAGAUUUGAGGAGAAGCUACUGGAGUGGUUUUGGAAAGUCAAGUCCUUAUCUUACCAUACUUCUUCUUACUCUAGCUUGCUGAGCUGCUAGUUAAUGUUUAUGACAUGAAAUUCCAGGUUAGCAACUACAAAAAAAAACUCAUGGAGGACAGAUGCUUAGUUUGCAGUGCUUUAUAAUUGGUCAUCUCAAGAAAGAAAAGCCCAAGUAGUAUGGUGUUCUGUGAGCUGGAAAGUGAAUAGAAGGGUUAAAAUAUUGUCUGUUAGUAAAUGGGAAAUGUGUGAUACAGGGAAUGUGCAGUGUUUAUGAAAAGCUGCAGUAGUCAUGGUAAAAACAUAGAUUGUAAAUCAUUGAGGAUAUAACUGGCUUAAAAGUAUAUAAUAUUCUUCACAAAUGUGACUAUUUUCCUUUGGCCCUUUAAUAUAAAAUUACAUAAGUACAAGACUCUUCACCUACCUCUUAAGAAUGUUAUCCUUUUAAAAUGAGCUUCUGUUCUCUGUCUUGCAAGGUGUCAUAGAGUAUUGUGAUGUAACACAUUUCUGAAUGUGCUAGCUGUUAAUAUUUAUGGGAAACUUUUUAUUUAGAAAAAAAAAUAAAUGUUAUGUGCAAUAAA